AUGGGCGGAUCGGCAGUGAGCGGUGGCGGCGCUCCACCACCUCGGGCUGGCGGAUUGGACCAGACGGGCGGACGGGGUGGCAUUGGCACUGGAUCUGUGGGAUGCGGGCAUGCAAGCUUGCAGGAAGGAGAGACGAGCGCGAGCCAUGCCGGGGCACGCAGAGAGCGGGGAAGCGAGGGGGGGCUUUUUGUGCGUGUGCGGGUGCGCGUACGAGGUGGUGAGCGUUGUGAGCAUUGUGAGGUGGACGAUCUACUUGACGGGUUGCCGAGGACGGAGCGCUGUCGCGUCGGGUGCUGCAGAACCUAG